GCCAUUCUACACCUAUUUAUGGAAACCCAAAAUGCGCUUCUUCAAAAAUAAAAAAUAAUAAUAAUAAUAUUCGAUGCGACCGUUGCGACCAUUUCGAAUCCCUCAUUCAAAAUCGAAGCCCUUCUCCACCGCCCACCACCCGUUCGACGAAACUCCCCAGCGAACCUUCGCCCUCCUCCUCCUCCGCUCCGGCGACCCCUCCGCCGCCGCCGUCGCCGCCGCUCGCCAGGUCUCCGCCGCCUCCGCCGCUGCCGACUCGCCGAGGCGGCUCCACGCCCUCCUCGUCGCCUCCGGGCUCGCGUCCUCCUCCACCCUCGUCUCCAACGCCCUCAUCAACGCCUACGCCAAAUCCGGAUCCCUCCCCCUCGCCCUCGCCCUCCUCGCCGCCGCCCCGCGCCGCGACGUCGCCUCGUGGAACACCGCCCUCUCCGGGUUCACCAAUGGCGCCGACGCUUUAAGAUUCGCGCGGCGGAUGGCCCGCGCCGGGGUCCGAUUCGACGCCGUCACCUUCAUCACCGCCCUCACCUUCGCCGCCGAUAUCCGCGACACCGUGUUCGGGCUCCAGCUCCAUUCCCUUGCACUAAGAUCCGGAUUCGGAGCUGAUACGUUCGUCGGGAACGCCAUGAUCACGGCUUAUUCGAGAGGCGGCUUAUUAGAUGAUGCGCGUAGGGUGUUCGACGAAAUGCUGAUGAGGGAUUUGGUCUCGUGGAAUGCGUUGAUAUGCGGAUACAACCAAGAAGGGGACUCUGGGUUCGAGGCGAUUAGGGUUUUCCGUCGGUUGGUGAGAGAAAGCGAAUUGAGGCCCGAUCGGAUAUCGGUUGCGAGCGUAAUCCCUGCUUGUGGGCUCGAGGGUUUGAUCGGUUUUGGAUCCCAAAUUCACUGCCUUGCUGCUCAAUUGGGGCUCGAGGCCAAUGUUUCGGUGUCCAACGUUCUUAUGUCUAUGUACUACAAGUGUGGUGCUACAGAUCGCGCUCGAAGAGUUUUCGAGAACAUGGUUGAAAGGGAUGUGAUCUCGUGGACUACUAUGAUUUCUAUGGAUUCGGAGAACGCCAUUUCGUUGUUUACCAACAUGAGGCUAAACGGGGUUCGGCCUAACGAUGUCACUUUUGUUGCGUUGAUCUUUGCGGUGUCAACCGACUGGGCGCUAAAAGAAGGCCAAAUGAUUCACGGGAUCGCUUUUAAGACCGGCAUUUCCGCAGAAGUGAAUGUUUCGAAUAGCCUUAUCACAAUGUACGCAACGUUGAAGUGUACGGAGGAUUCGAGAAAAGUAUUCGAUGGAAUGCUCGAUAGGGAGGUUGUCACGUGGAACGCUUUGAUUUCGGGCUAUGCGCAGAACGAGCAAUGUGAAGAGGCUUUGGAUACUUUCUCUUCUUUGAUCCUUCACUUGAAACCGAAUCAGUAUACAUUCGGAAGCAUUCUCAGUGCGAUCACCGUCGCCCAGACCGUGUCCUUAACUUACGGUCGGAUGUGCCAUUGCUAUGUAAUAAAGCUAGGGCUGACCACCGACGAGUACGUCUCCGGUGCCCUAAUCGACAUGUACGCGAAACGCGGCAGCAUCGACGAGUCUCAAAAGGCAUUUGACGAGACAAUCAAUAGAAGCCUUAUCGGAUGGACGGCAAUAAUUUCGGCACAUGCGAAGCAUGGAAACUACAAUGAAGUGAUGAAUCUCUUUGAGGAAAUGAUCACCUCCGGCAUAAAUCCCGACGAAGUUGUAGUCCUCGCUGUUCUUACGGCUUGCGGCUGCAAAGGGAUGGUAGACAUGGGGCGAAAGAUCUUUGACUCGAUGAUAAUCAAGCGAAAAGUCGAGCCUUGGCCCGAGCAUUAUGCUUGCAUGGUGGACAUGUUGGGGAGAGCAGGGAGAUUACUCGAAGCGGAGGAACUCAUAAAGCAAAUGCCGGAAGGACCGAAGGUCUCGGCAUUGCAAAGCUUGUUAGGGGCUUGUAGAGUUCAUGGCAAUGUUGAGAUAGCGCGAAGGGUCGCAGAGCUUUUGAUGGGCACGGAGCCGUCAGAAUCGGGGGCCUACGUCCUGAUGUCGAAUAUUUACGCCGAGAAGGGGGAAUGGGAGAAUGUGGCGAAGAUACGAAAGGGAAUGCGAGAAAGGGGAGUGAAGAAGGAAGUAGGGUUCAGCUGGGUGGAUGCCGGCGGUACCAGCGAUUCACUGCAACUGUAUAAGUUUUCGUCGGACGACAUGACCCAUCCGAUGGCGGAAGAGAUUUAUAGAGUUGCAGAUAGUUUAGGGUUUGAGAUGAAACUUUUGGAAAGUGAUGUGGAAAUGCAAGUGAACUCCUUAUUUGGUCGAUGAGUUAAGUUGAUUCUUUGGACUUUUUAACAAUCUUAUGAUCAUGAUCAUAAUCAUGAUCAUUUUUCGAGUACUAUAGCAUCACCAUCUAACCAUGAGAACUCCAACACAGGGACUUACAAAGGUUGAGUAACCUGUCAAAGGUUAGAAAUGUAGUUAGUAUAUCAUACAGCAGCAAUUUAUUGACAGUAAAAUUAUGUACUGAUCAGUUGCAGCAUCAAAAUUAUUUUCUAUACAUAAUGGAGUAGUUUAUUCUCAGAUUAUUGUUUCAAUCAUACACUUUGCACCAGAAGAUUGUCACACGAAUGAGUUUCAGUUUCAAUUGAAGUAUCUAUGACCGACUAAUGGAAGUGCUGGAAGAUCAUCAAAGCAGAAGUGGAAUCCACCAGCAAUAAUGGUUGCUUUGAUAUUUAUUCAGUGCCAAUUUUCUCCUGGGAAGGUGGUCUUCUUUUGCUUCUAUAUAUAUAUAUAUAUAUAUAUAUAUGAAACAUGUAGCAUUUGCAAUUUUGAGUGAACCCUUCGUCGCAAUAAAAUGUAGAACCAUUGUUGCACUUUUCGCUAGUUUCUUCUUCCUUUUCUAAUCCAAUUCUUAAACCUAAGGGUUGUUUGUUUUGAUAUCAUUAUAAAUGUUAUAAUGCAGUGUAAUUGAAGAUGUAUGCAGCUGGAGAUUCAGCAGAUAUACUUGCAUCUGAUCUAUGUAGUUGUAAGAAAUUUAAAGUGAUGCAAGAAGAAUCUUUAUGUUUGAUUAA